AUGUUUGGAUGUUCAGCUCGAUUAGGCGUAGCGUCAAUAGGUUUACCUAUGGAUGAAAUAGACUGCUUACAAUCUGAAGAAGAUAUUGAGAAUAUUUUACAAGUUUGUGAAGCUCAGAAUGACCAUCUUGGUUCAGAUUCACUGGACUCUGAACAAUGUCAUACUACACUAGUUGAAGAAAAUGAACCAGGAACUGAAAAUAACUCAGAACUUAUUAAUCAACGACAGCAGAAAAUUCAACACGAACGAGCAUUAUCUGUUAAAUGUUUAGAGAAACAAGCGAAAAAAAUGGUAAAAACAUCUAAUUCAAAAUACCCUGAACUUGAAGUAGGAACAUCUGUGCGUAUCUCUAUUCCUGAUGUUGACCGAGCUCGUGGCUCUCCACGAAAUGUAUUGGCAGUUAUAACUGAUGUGAAAGAUAAUUUAUAUAAAUUAUGUACAGAAAAUGGAUUUCUGAAACAUAAGUAUACCAGGACAGAAAUCAACCCAUGCAAGGAGAAGCUUCUAGAUCUUGAAACGGUUGUAAGCAAAUUGAAAGAGGGAGGAGAAAUAACUCUCCGUGAAGCAGCUGCCUUUAACAGCAUUUCUGGAUCCCAAGGUUUUACGAGAUGCCACUGUAAAACACAGUGUAAGACCAAUAGAUGUGCUUGUCGUGCAUCUACUAGAUUAUGUAACUCUAAGUGUCAUAACAGUCUACCAUGUAACAAUAAAGAUUAA